AUGCCGCCCCGCGCUACUGGGCAAUGGGCAGGAGGUCGCGGUCGCGGUCGCGGUGGUGGUGGGGGAGGAGGCAGGGGUGGUGGCGCGGCGGCCCCACUGCAGCAACCAGGCUUGUUUCCCUUUCAAUGGUCUCCUUUAUAUUCUCAUUUUAUGCGUAGCUGCCCAUCUUACUACUGUUGGUGUUCGCCGCAGCGGGUACGGCACCGCUGGGCGCCCGUUGGAGGUCAUAAUCAAUGCUCUUCCCCCCACAAUCCCCGAUGGAAACAUUUAUCACUACGAUGUCGGUGCGUACUUUGAGCUGUGCGGCACCCUUUGUACUUUCUGACUACUCGUUUUUACGCGCAGCCAUCACACCAGACAAUCUUCCGACCACCUUGAACACAAAGCUAAUCCGACACCUACAGGACGUAGUUGCGCGUGGUAUCUUUGCUGAAGCUCGUGCCGUUUACGAUGGCAAGAAAAACCUCUACUCCUCGGUUAAACUCAACUUGGGACCGACGGAUACAGCGACAUUCGAUGUCCCGGCACCAGAUCGUCCUGCUCGAGGAGAUCGUCCCCCAAAACUAUAUGCAAUCAAGAUCGCACUGGUCAACACGAUCGGGACGGAAUUGCUCCAUCGCUUUGUCGAGGGGAAACAAUCGGAGGACGAUAGAAUCAAGACAGCGCUCCAGGCACUGAACAUCGUCAUCAAGAUGGCACCAUCCCUCUUGUACCCGACCAAGGGACGCUCGUUCUUUACUCCCGCCAGUAUUAAUAUUGAUUGUAUUGAUGGGUAUUGA